AUGGUCUCCCUUCAGCGGACUAUCCGCUCUAUCCGCCGCGUUGGACUUCGGGAAUGGUGGAGGCAGAUGCAGUACAUUGGUGAUGCGAAGUCUGGCCGAUUUGUGGGCAAGGACCAGUUCGGAAACCGUUACUAUGAGAAUCUGAAUCCUGAAGAGGAGGUCCCAGGCCGUCACCGCUGGGUCGAUUAUGCUCAGCAUGACUACAAUGCUACGCAAGUUCCCGCAGAGUGGCACUCGUGGAUUCACCACAUCCGCAAGGACGCCCCAACCGAGGACAGAGUCAUGCAGAAUUUGUCCCCUCCGUGGAAGGCGCCUUGGGUCGAGAAUUUGACCGGAACUCGUGGUGCUUACCGGGCAUACAACACUGUCCGACCUAAGUACGAGGCUUGGGAGCCCAAGUCAACCCCGCGAGGAGGCCCGUCCGCGUAG